UUACUACAAGUAUUUGAUCACAAUACAGUUCAUUUUUGGGCUCCAACAUUCAAGUGGGGUCUAAGCAUAGCAAAUGUUGCAGAUUUCACCAAGCCACCUGAGAAUAUUUCCUACCCUCAACAAUUUGUGGUAGCAGCCUCUGGACUAAUUUGGACGCGGUAUGGCAUGGUUAUUACACCGAGAAACUGGAACUUGUGUAGUGUAAAUUUUGCAAUGUCAGUCACAGGGUUCUGUCAACUCUCAAGGAAGCUUAGGCAUGAUGUCUCUACUGAGAAAGAACCUGCUGCUGCUGCUGCUGUUGUAAAAGAAUGAUACAGAUACUCGCUUAUGCAGUACUGCUACUUUGGUGUAAACAUCAACAUCUGUUCAUCUGUUGUAUACUUCAUUUGAUUCUUGCUCUUGGGAAUCCCGAAUCUGAUGAAAUUGGAAAACUCAAAUUUCUGACUGAUGAUAGUACAUGCUACCAAAUGCAGCAGCACCAGUAGAUGUUACUUGUAUUAAUUGUUUUCUGUAGCAUAGGAGUAAAAUUGAUCGAAUGUCAGAGAAUUCAAAACUUUAGUAUUGAUCAUGAAAGUCUGUUUAAGAAGAAUUUGUGUAAACUUGCUACAAAUGUAAUGAUUUCUCGCAUUACAUA